UCCGGUUUUGUCUCAACGGUGGCGGUAGUUGCUGCUCUGCUGCAGCCGCCAGCUGACAUUUGUACUGAGGAGGUGAGGUCAAAUUUGACUCUCUCUCUCUCUCUCUCUCUCCCUCUCUUUCUCGCUCCCCCUCCCUCUCUCCCCCCCUCCCUCUCUCGGUGUCUGUCUGUGAGAGAGGCUGCUAACUAGCGCAGAAUCAUCAUCAUCAUGGCGGAUCAAGGCGAAUCUCCGGCUCCCGUCCUCCACCCGCAACCAGCCCUGACAACCAGCUGGCCAAUUACCAGGGAGUCGUACGAGCUGCAGGAAGUCAUAGGCAGCGGGGCCACAGCUGUGGUGCAGGCAGCCCUCUGUACCCCCAGACAUGAGCGUGUCGCCAUAAAGAGAAUAAACUUGGAAAAAUGCCAGACCAGCAUGGAUGAGCUAUUGAAAGAAAUCCAAGCAAUGAGCCAGUGCUACCAUCCCAAUGUUGUCACCUACUACACCUCCUUUGUAGUGAAGGAUGAACUUUGGUUAGUUAUGAAGCUUCUGAGUGGAGGCUCUAUGUUGGAUAUAAUUAAGCACACAAACAAAGAAGAAGACAGAAAUCGAGCGCUAGAUGAGCCUAUCAUUGCUAGUAUAUUAAAAGAAGUCCUCGAGGGCCUGGACUAUCUGCACAGAAAUGGACAGAUUCACCGGGAUGUGAAAGCUGGGAACAUACUACUGGGAGAAGAUGGAUCUGUUCAGAUUGCAGAUUUUGGUGUAAGCGCAUUCCUAGCCACAGGCGGGGAUAUGACUAGAAACAAAGUACGAAAGACCUUUGUUGGCACGCCGUGCUGGAUGGCGCCGGAGGUGAUGGAACAGGUUCGAGGCUAUGAUUUCAAAGCAGAUAUAUGGAGUUUUGGAAUUACAGCCAUAGAGUUAGCAACAGGCUCUGCACCCUAUCACCGCUACCCUCCCAUGAAGGUUUUAAUGCUAACCCUACAGAACGAUCCACCCACUCUGGAGACGGGUAUAGAAGACAAGGAAGCGCUAAAAAGAUACGGCAAAUCGUUUAGGAAGCUAAUAACUAUGUGCCUUCAGAAGGAUCCCGCCAAAAGGCCGACAGCCGCAGAGCUUUUGAAGUGUAAAUUCUUCCAAAAAGCCAAGAACAGAGAAUAUCUGGUUGAAAAGCUUUUGUGUCGCGCACCAAAGAUUUCCCAGCGAGCGAAGAAGGUCAGGAGAGUCCCAGGCUCCAGUGGCCACCUGCACAAGACAGAGGAUGGAGACUGGGAGUGGAGCGACGACGAGCUGGACGAGAGCAGUGAGGAGGGCAAGGCAGCGGUGAAUCAGGGCAGGUCACGAAGGGUCAAAGAUGAGGCCAAAGAUAAUGAGGAAAAUGCCAACAAUGUCCCUCUUGAAGGGUUGUCAAUUCAGCAUCCCCAGGUUGAACCGUUUGGGAACACGUCCUACUUUCAAGGUGCUGUGAACAUGGUGCUACGGCUAAGGAACUCUAGAAAGGAGCUGAAUGACAUCCGGUUUGAAUUCACUCCUGGGCGAGACACCGCCGAUGGCGUUUCCCAGGAACUCUACUCAGCCGGCCUGGUCAACGGGCAAGAUGUUGUUAUUGUUGCUUCUAACCUUCAGAAGAUUGUAGAUGACCCAACUACCUACAAAGUAUUGACCUUUAAGCUGGCUUCCUGCAGCGAUGACACGGAGAUCCCAGACGAGGUGAAGCUGAUCGGCUUUGCACAGCUAAGUGUUAGCUGAUGCCCUCUUCAUGCCUGAAGCAGGUGAGACAGUGGGGAGACAGUUCAGGGCAGACAGACUGAGGAACACACCACCACUUCCUGCAACAUCUUCCCCAACACCCUCCCAGAAAACUCACUCCCCCCUCCUCCCUCACUCCUCUUCACUUCCCCUGAGCCAAGCUCGACUACCGCCCCACCUACACCUCCUUAGCGCCGACUUUCCUGCUCACUGUCCCCUGACCUUUAACCUUAAAAACAUUCCACCGCGUAGCGCACAGACCGGGAUCAGGACACAGACCAGGAACCUAAAGAUGUACUCAGGUGGUGACAUACGUAAGGUGAUUAAGAUGUAGCUUUGAAUGUUUUAUUAAUUUUUUUCUUUUACUCAUUUUUUGUUUCACAUCACAUUGCCUUUGUGUUCAGCAGAGCUCUCAUUAUUUAUUGAAAUGAGAAGGGGUUUUUUUAUGUUGUUUUGUUGCCACAGUGAAAACAAUUUGACUCGCAUCUCACAAACACUUGUGAUGUUUCCCUGAGGUCUUCGUCAGAAUGUAAGAUUCAGUUAAUUUAUUAGGCAAAGCACAUUUUCAUAAUAACAUAAUGAAUGUCUAAAAAGAGAAGGAGUUGUAAUUCUGUGUCAAGACAUGUUUUUACAAUGACAAGAAGGGACCCAUUUGCUUGAGAGUGCAGGAAAAAAAAAGAAGAGACCCUGGAUGCUACUGUGUAUAAUUUGCUGCUCUCGACAGUGCUAAUGCUUCAAAAAUGUUAGAGGUGCCUUGUUCAUUUUUCUGUGCCUAAGAAAGUAGACACUGAGUGAGACCACACAGAGAGCAGAACCUGCUGAUGACCAUUUCAGUUCAAGUCAAGUACCUUAAGUUAAUGAGACGAGCUACAAUGCACUUUUGGGCUGAGUGUGUGCACCCGACAGGCAGAUGCUUAGCCCCUGAAAACAAGUUAACUCGUGCGCUUUUGUCACCAGACAAACAUAACAGAACCUCUCUUCAUGUAAUCUGCUCUGGUUGACGUGGAUCCAGUUUAAUUGGCAAAACCGCAACAGUUACAUUUGUUCUCGCUCUGUCCUGCUGCACUACAAAACCCUUUGUUCCCAAAAAUAUAGUAGUUACUAAAAUGUACUGUAUGACAAUGCAUCUGAGGAUGAAACCAAAAGGCAACUAUUGAAAGGGUGACGAGCCAUCUGUUUGUCCAAACAAGUUCAGUAGCUCUAAAUUAAUCUUUUAAGUAUCGAGGUGGUAAAUAUUAACUUCUACUAAAUUCUUUAUUAUGAAGUAAUUUAUUGUGUUUUCUAUGUACAGUAUGUGUACCAUUUCAGCAUAUUACCCCUGUUCCCUCUCUGUGAUCAGCUGAUGUCAAAUUUCUGACAAGGAGCAACAAUAAAGAAUUGCUAUUAUUUAAAAAA